CACUGCUCAGCUCACACGUGGAGGGGAAAACCGGGAAACUCUGACCAUGGCGACGAAGCUGGAGCGGUUUGUUAGUCCAGGGAAGGGGAACGGUCUGCGGGCGACAGCCAGGACCCGGAGAGGAGAGCCGGUGUUCUCCUCCGAGCCGCGGGCGAGCUGCGUGUCCAACAAACGGUCCAGAGACGUCUGUCACCACUGCUUCUCACGACGUGAGACCUUGUUGCGGUGUUCCCAGUGCAAGAUGGCUCGCUACUGCAAUAUCACUUGCCAGAAACAAGCAUGGUCUGGCCAUAAGAGAGAGUGUAAAUGUCUGCAAAGCCUCCUACCCAGAGUUCCCACUGACUCAGUCCGUCUGGCUGCUAGACUCAUCUUUUCCUUGUUAAGUCCAUCUAAGAGCAGGAGUGAGGAGCUCUACACUUUGGAGGAGCAUGAAUCACAUCUGAAUUCCAUGUCUGAGCACAAGAAAGAAGGUCUGUCUCAGCUGGCAUCCAUGUUAGAGCUGUAUCUACAACAGGAAGUACCGGACAUGGCACAGGAAGUGACAUCAGCACUGCCGCCUUCCUGCCGAGAUCCCUUCAGCCUUAUUGCAAAGGUGACAUGUAAUUGUUUCACCAUCAGUGACGGAGAGCUGCAAGAGAUUGGAGUUGGGCUGUAUCCUAGUUUAUCUCUGCUAAACCAUGACUGUAGGCCAAACUGUGUGAUGGUGUUUGUGGGAACAGAACUGCAGCUCAGAGCUAUUCGGGAAAUCAACCCUGAAGAGGAGCUGACUAUAAGUUACAUUGAGACGUUGUCGCUGACUGAAGAUCGACAGAGACAGCUGGAGGACCAAUACCAUUUUACGUGCCACUGCCAGCAUUGUGACUCCCAAGACAAAGACGGACUCAUGCUGUCAGGGAACGAAGCAAAAUGGCGCCUGCUGAAGGAGGCUCUACCCAGACUGGAAGGACUGAAAGCAGAAUCAGAUUGGCAAGCGUUACUGGAGGGCUGUAGUCAUCUGUUAUCGACUGUUGGUGGUGACGUGCCCGAUGAGAAUCUGUAUAAACUCAGAAUGACAGACAUGGCUGUAGAUGCUUCCAUUCACCUGGGCCACUGGGAGGAGGCUGUGGGAUACGGAGAGAAAACACUUCCAGUAUACAGCAAAUACUACCCCGAUCCUCAUCCGGUCCAUGGGGUCCAGCUGAUGAGAGUCGGAAAGCUGCAGCACUACCUGGAACAUAUUGAGGACGCACUGGAGACAUUCAAACAGGCCUAUCAGAUCAUAAAGCUCACCCACGGCGACGAUCACCCGAUGACCACCGAUCUACUGAUGAAGAUGGAGGAAUGUCGCACUGAGAUGGUUCAACAAUCAUCCAGCAGUCACUGAGAAGCAGCCAGUUAAUAUUAAACAAAUGAAAAUAAACUAUGAUGGACUCAUGUACAUUUCAUUUAGUUUACUAACUUCACUUUCUGUCUUAAUUUCUUAAAGUCUUGAUUAAAUUUUUACAUACACUGUAAAUAAUAUCUGAUGUUUGUCAAACAUUGAAAUCCGUAUGUUUGCCGUCUGUUUUUUCAUUUUCUUACAUUGUUUAUCAGAAAUUGUCUUGUUGAAAAAUGCUUUGUCCCCUCAUUUUGUAAAAACUGAGUGAAAUUAGUUAACAUUUGUUAUACUCAGAUUAACAAGACCAAAGUCUGCUGCAAUGCGGCUCUGUGAGUCUGUACUCAGUCACAGCGGGGCUUUGAACUAUGAGCUAGUUUAGCAUGCUAAUAUGUGGCGAUAAGUACUUAACACAGAGUAAAGCUGAGGAUGAUGGGAAUGUCAUUAUAUUUGGAUUGGAGUAUUACGAUCCAGGGUCAUUAACAGGGAGCAAUGUAUAAAUCCCCCACUGGAAAUCCCUUUAAAGGAUGAGUUCAAUAUUUUGUGAAUGAGGUUAUUUGCUUUAAGAGUGAGAUGAGUAAAUACUACAGAGUUAGAACUGGGAGGCGAUAAACCAAGCUUAGCAUGCCAUAAAGACCGAAGUAGGUGGAAACAGCUCUGUCCAUAGUUAAAAACUACAUCUACCACUCACUAAUUAAUUAAUCUGAACCUAAAGAUACAUAAAAACGUUUCCUAUUUAUAUCGGUUCAAGUUUAUUUAAAUACAAAGUAAGCGGUCCUAUGUGUGUUUGUUUGUGUGUUAGAGAGCGAAUGGAGACUUGUAGACCUCUGUCUCCUGCGUUUAAUCUUCACAUACCAUCUAGGUGU